UCAGUUUGAAGGAGAGAGAAGAGUAGUAUAUCUUCUCUUUUCUUUUAAUAUCUCCUUGUAAUGGCUGCCAAUAGCUCCUUAAAUCAUUCAUUCUCUCUAUUUAGAGAUUUUAUUUCUGAUAGCCCGUUUUCUAGAGGAGAGCUCUUGUAGGAGAGCGGCUAAGGUACUGAUAGAAGAGUUGGAAGAAAAGGAGUUGUUGUUUAAAGGUAAGAAAUGGAGCGGAGAAGAGACUUAUUAACUUUUGAGGAAUUUGUAAGAGGAAUUUUCCUCAAAAGUUAACUUUUGAGGAAAUUUCUAAGAGAAAUGUCCACAUAUCCUCAGAUUAUUUAUUAUUAUUGUGUAAUGAGUUGUGCUCUCAGUUGGAGUCAUCAGGUUCCAUUAGAAGAGGAGGAGGGGGAGGUCAUUCACUAAUUGGGAAUGAGAUAUCAUCAUUUAUUUAUAAUAAUAAUAAUUAUAAUAAUGUUAGUUCUAGUUUAUUAAAGUUAACUAAUCAAAAACAUGAUUUCACAACUGAUCACUUACAAAAAGACAGCACACUACACCUCUGUAAGUUUAUUUCUACCAUGCUUGUUUUGAAUUGACCAAUCAGAUUGCAUUAUAUGAGGUGUCUAAAUCACUUAUAAUACCCCGGGAAAAUAUUUAGAAACCUCCGGGAAAUUAUUUAGAUACUUCUGCCAAAGUUUGGGAAAUUUUAGGAAUAAAAAUGAUGACAGCAAUAAUAGUAAUGUUAUUUUUGAAUUGUUAUGUGUAUGUUUGUGCAGUUAUUAAAGCUGAAGUGUCUGUCUUCAUCUAGAGAUAUGUUUUGUGCUUUUGGAGGAUGAGGUGAAUUGGUAUAUCGUCACUAGCUACUGCUGUUUUUGUUUGUAAUAAUAAUAUUAUUGAGGAAACGUCUUCUGGCAUUUUGUUGAUCUGAAAUGUGCUUAUAAAUUCGUACACCAUCCGUGCUUCUGUGACCUGUUCUUUUCAUGAUUAAUUGUUCAUCAACACCAGCUUGAAAUAGUCUAGUAGCAGCAGUCAUGCCGCGAAGUGAGUGGUUUGUUUGUAACCAUCGAUUCCCCAGUUGCUGCAGCAAACAUUUUAAACAGUAUUUCUCCAUUAAGAAGAGUGGCCUGGUUGGAGCUUCUCCAAAUCUUUCAUUCUUUCCUUGCACCAGUCAUUCAGAAUAUUUUCUACCCAUUAUAUUGCUUUUUUAGUUGUGCAUGGCGCACAGUGCUGUUGUGCAUCUUUAAAUCCUUGUCCGUUGCGAAACUUAAACAAGAUGGUAUAUAGCACUAAUGAAGUAGGCGGGGCAGUCAUAAAAUGAUGAGAUAGGCGUUUCCAAUUCCAGAGCUAUCAAUGGCGGCUGUGUUAGUCGCAUCUUUUGAGAACAGAUGAGCAUGUCUACCUAGUUGCUUUUCCAUUCUAGUGCGUGACUUAAAAUGAAUUGGUUGCUAAUGGUAAGGAUUUUUAUACUUUUUGUGUAUCCUAGCUACAAGAAAUGCAUCUAAUCUGAUUGGACGCAUGGUAGAACACGGUUAUACACCUCGGUCUCGGUUUUUAUGGCAUUUAUUGACCUCGGGACUGCGUCCCUCGGUCAAUAGAUCCCAUAGAAACCUCGACCUCGGUGUAUAACCUAUACUUAUUAUUAUUAUUAUUAUUAUUAUUAUUAUUAUUAUUAUUAUGAACUAUCUAGAUUAUACAAAGCUUAUGCUGCUGCUUCCUCACUGGAAGGGGUUGCACUUGCAGCUGCUUGUAUAAUGCCUACUCUGCUCCUCCAGAAUCCGUCUCCUAAAUCUAAGUCGAGAGACCACAUAACUUAUCUGGAGAGGCGGUUAAACUCCUGGGAGAAAGGUGACAUGCUAGCUCUGGUGGAGGAAGGUCGUUCAAUACAGCGCCAGUUCAAGCCCCGACCUACAACUUGGAAGGCUCAAGUGAAUCUUGCUAAUCGCUUUGCAAAGCUAAUGUUUAAAGGUGAUGUUGCUGGUGCUAUCCGUAUGUUGUCCUCUACCUCUUCUGGUGGUGUCUUACAUGUGCAGGAGCAACUGGACUCCACUUCGGGGGACCCUGCCACGGUGCUUGAUGCCCUGAAGCAGAAACAUCCCCCUCCCCAACCCACUUUUAGUCAGGCUGUUAUUCCAGGGGAACCUCCUCUCCCACCUCAUCCUGCCUUCUAUGAUUGCCUGACUGCAGAUACCAUUAGACAGGCUGCACUUCGGACCAAGGGGUCUGCUGGUCCCUCGGGCCUUAGUGCUUGGCAUUGGCGCAGGAUUUGCACCUCUUUCAAGACCGCCUCUUCUGAUCUCUGUCACUCUCUGGCCCUUGUCUGCCGCCGUUUGUGUACUACUUAUGUGGAUCCUAAAGGACUUGCUCCACUUUUGGUGUGUCGCUUAAUUGCCCUAAACAAGUGCCCAGGGGUUCGCCCCAUUGGCGUUUGUGAGACUGUGAGACAAGUCAUCUCAAAGGCCAUCCUGAUGGUCACAAAGGAUGAUCUUCGUGAGGCUGCUGGUGCACUACAACUCUGUGCUGGACAGACUUUAGGUAUUGAGGCCGCCAUCCAUGCUGUUCAUUCUAUCUUUUCUGCUGUGGAGUCGGAGGCUAUCCUACUAGUUGACGCUUCCAAUGCCUUUAAUUCCUUAAACAGACAGGUGGCCCUCAGGAAUGUUAGACAUCUUUGUCCACCGAUUGCUACCGUAUUGAUUAACACUUACCGUGUUUCCUCUGAACUCUUGGUUGACAAUCAGGUCCUAUGGUCUCGAGAGGGUACCACAUAAGGUGACCCUUUCGCUAUGCCAUUUUAUGCUCUGGCCACACUCCCACUUAUACGCUCUCUCCCUCUCCCUGCCUCCUUACAUCACAUCUGGUAUGCCGAUGAUGCCUCUGCCUGUGGCAAGAUAUCUGACAUAUAUUCCUGGUGGUCCACACUUGUGAACAAAGGUCCUCUUUAUGGGUAUUUUCCCAACUCAUCCAAAACAUUUUUGGUCGUGAAGAAGGAUCACCUUGAUACUGCCAGGGCUGUUUUCCGUGAUUCUGAUAUUCAAAUUACCACAACCGGGAGACCUCUAUUAGGUGCUGCUAUUGGCUCUGAGGAAUUUGUUGUGAGUUUUAUUAAAGAGAAAGUUGCUGUUUGGUUGUCUGAACUAUCCACACUCGCAUCUUUUGCUGAGUCUCAGCCACAUGCAGCAUACUGUACAUUCAUCCAUGGAUUUGUCCAUAAAUUUAAUUUCAUUUGCCGUGUCCAACCUGAUAUUAGCACCCUGCUACAACCAAUAGAAGACUUUGUUACUCAGCGUCUCAUUCCUGUUCUCAUAGGGCAACCUCCACUUGGUGACAUUGAGAGAGACCUGAUUGCCCUACCAGUGAGAUUUGGAGGUCUGGGUUUACCUGUGAUAACCAAGCGUGCUGACUCUGAAUUUGAGGCAUCUAGUGAGAUCUGUCAACCACUUAGUGACAUUAUCGUAAAUAAGAAGGACUGUAUGGGACCAGAGGGUGAUCCUAUCCUUGAUCAACUUGAAGCCAAAUCAUCCGUCAUAAAGAAGAAGAAGGCCCGUCUAGACCAAUUAUCCUCUACUCUUCAUGACCAACUCCCUCCAUCCCUUAAACU